AUGGAUGAACAAGAAGAGAAUCGGAGCACAACAACACAAUCUUCAUCUCAAUCGACCUCAGAUGACAACAACAGAUCUAAACCAGUCCCGUUCCCUCUCGAAGUAACCUUCAAGAUACUCUCAAGACUUCCUACGAAAUCCGUCGUGAGAUUCCGCUCCGUCUCCAAGCUCUGGGCGUACAUCACCACCACUCCACUAUUCACCAAGGCUCGCUCCUCCGCGUCACGUCCCUGUGUUCUCUUAACCUUCCGAAAAUACGACAUCCUCGCCGUCUUCUCGUCUCCGCUUCGCAACAACACUUCUUCUCACGUCGGAAACUACCGACUCCCAAUCCCCGACUAUGGUUUCCUCCCUCGUUUCGAGUCCGUCCACGGCUUGGUUUGUCUUGAAGCCCCUACGCAGCUCGUGAUUUGGAACCCGACGUUGAAACGUUUAUUCACUUUACCAGAAGCCAAAUCCAGCGAAUGCAACUACAAGAGAGGCUUUCUUGGUUAUGAUCCCGUCGAUGGUACAUACAAAGCAUUGUGCAUUCUCACUGGAAGGGACUCUCGGAUUCUCACGUUGGGAGCUCAAGAAUCAUGGAGAACAACAACCAAUGAUAGUAGCAAGCCAGUGCAUUGGCCUACUAAAGAUUGUGGGAGAUGCAUUAAUGGAGUAAUCUACUAUAGGGCUAAUUUAUCUUUCCGGCCUCUGAAGCAAGUUGUAAUGAGCUUUGAUCUCAGAUCGGAAAAGUUUUUACCGAUUGAGUUUCCGAUGCCUGAUCACGAUCGCUGUCUAAUGGUGUCUUACGAGGGGAAGCUAGGUUUGGUAAGUUCUGUUAGCUCUGGUGUUGGGAUAUGGAGUUUGGAGAACGCGGAGAAUCAAGAAUGGUCGUAUAGGAAGUUUCUUUUACCACCUAUUUACCAAACAUGGGAUUUGAAAGGUGUUACUGAUGAUGGUGAGGCUAUUUACGUGCCGAGUAGUUUUGAGGACUCGUUUUAUGUGGUCUAUUUUGAUCUGAAGAGUAAAAGUGUUAGAGAGACUAAGAUUCAAGCUAUUGGACGUGACGACGUUUGGCGACCUGAUCGACUUGGAUGUGAUCUUAUUAAUGACUUUUGUGUUUUACCUAAUCACAUUGAGAGUUUCAUGUCAUUGUAA